AACACCGCGAAGGCCUUCCAUUCUUCCAUCAGUACAGUUGGUAGCGAGAAAUGGCGGCAGAUAAAGGGCCUUUCGAUGUAGUUGUGGUAGGCUCCUGCAUGACUGAUCUCGUUAGCUAUGUACCACGGCUCCCCAAAGCGGGCGAAACCAUUCAUGGCACGAAGUUUUCAAUGGGUUUUGGUGGAAAAGGAGCAAACCAGUGCGUUAUGGCUUCCCGUCUUGGAGCUAAGACUGCCAUGGUAGCUAAAGUAGGAGAUGACACUUUUGGAAGGAACCACAUUUCAAAUUUCAAGCAUAACAAAGUUAAUGUUGAUCAUGUUUCUUUGACAACUCAGGCAUUCACUGGUGUAGCUCCUAUAUCUGUAAAUAGUUCAGGUGAAAAUUCAAUAACCAUUGUAAGCGGUGCAAAUGAGUAUCUAACUGACAAUGACAUCAAGAGUGCCAGGUCAACCAUUGUUAACUCUGCUGUCGUGGUAACACAAUUGGAAAUUCAACCCAACAUUACUCAACUAGCUCUGGCUUUGGCUAAAAAUGCCAAUGUGACUACAGUUUUCAAUCCUGCUCCGGCUUCUCCCUGGCUGGAUAUCCAGUUCUACAGACUCAGUGAUGUCUUCUGUGCCAAUGAAAGUGAGGCAGAGCUUCUCACAGGAGUACCUGUGAAGACUAUUGAUGAUGCAGAAAAGGCAGUGGUGAUGUUGCUAGAACGUGGUGUUGGCAAAGUAGUGAUAACUAUGGGACCUAGAGGGGCUGUUAUAGGAACGCAAACUAACCCCAUACCUGAACACAUUGCAGUUACACCUGUAGAUGCUGUUGACACGACUGGUGCGGGUGAUGCAUUUAUUGGUGCUUUAGCUUUCUAUUUGGCAAAAUUCAAGAAUUUAACUUUUAAAGAAAUGGUCAAAAGAUCUAAUGAAGUUGCCAGAACAACAGUUUUUAAACGUGGCACUCAAACAAGCUUCCCAACAUGCGAUAGUUUACCGCCAUCAUUCUUCAGCAAUACUAAUUCUUCAGAUAGCAAAACAAUAUGAUACAUGGAUCAGUAGUCCUUGUAUUACCUUGGUUUCAUGUGAAAAUGGGAUUACUACAAAUAUUAGUCAUUAUAAUUUUAGUUCUUGUAUUUUUGGUUAUUCUAGGUUUUAUUUUACAAAAGACAGUGGGAAUACUAGUCAAUUUGAAACAAUAUAUUAUUUCCAAAUGAAUGAAUGGUUAAGAAACCAUUUUAUAACCUGGCUAUUGUAGUGCUUUGGUUUUAUUGAGUUUUAGCAUAGGUAUAUCAACCUACAGUGUAUAUGCCACAUAUUAUUGAAAGGGACCAACACUAACCCUUAGUUGUAUACACCAUAGUACUUGGUGUUAUUCUUUUAAAGUUUGUACAUUUUGGGCAAAACUGAGAAGUAUAGAGUUUGUUUUCAAUCACAGAAAAGUAUUUUGACAUUUAUUAGAAAAGCAAUGCAAGGAAAGGGAAAACUGUUGAUGUUUUAUUAACAAUCUUUUCCUCUAUCACUUUUUGUUAUAUUAGUAUGGGAAAUGUAUGUAUAUGUUGACAGCAGUCCUUGUUACUUUAUGGGGAGUAUCUGGCUGUGCCUAGUAUUCCCUCUUCAAAAGGACAACAUACUGUCAAAAUUUAUUCUAAAAAACAAAAAACAAAAAAAAACAAAAUAAUAUGGUGCAUCAGAAAUAUAAAGUAUCUAGAAUGCGUGGUGGAUUAUAGAACCUGCAAGCAGAGUUUUAUCCAGAACUUUUCAUAGGAAAAUGAUUUCUGCUUGUAACAGAAUAAAGUAUUCUUACAAAAUAAGAAUCAAAACAUUUACUAGAAAUUAUGUGUGAAUGGACAGGGAGMCCAUAACAGAUAUGGCUUCUCCCUGGUGUUAUGAAAAUAUAUAGCAGAAAAUUAGACAAUGGGAUUAUAACUUCAAUAUGAUUUUUACCUAUGGCACAAUAUAUUAUAUACAUAUAAAUAAUAGACCAUUCCCAAGAUGUACUUUCAAAAAUAUCAUGAGGGCAUGGGAACACAAUGCUGAAAAAUGCUACCAAAUGCUGAAAACAGUCUUGUUUUUAGGUGAUAUUUCUAAAUUGUCAUACAUCUUGGAAUGCUCCAUUGUUGAGUGUUUUUGUGUUUUAUGUACAGUCAGAUAUCACAGAAAUGUUAUCAAAUUGUUGAUUUAGAAAGAUAUAGAGGUUCAUGUACAAUUAUUAUAGGUGCAGUUGAUUGAUCAAAUAAAGUCAAUAAGUAAAUGAAA